UGAAGUUGACAGUUGUCGUAGCUGAAAAUAUGGCUGUAAAAUAACCAAUGUCCCUUUGUUUGACCCGCAAUGUUUUUCUACGAAAAGCACAAGAAAGUUACGUAAAGGAAAAUAAAUAGUGCAAAACCAGGGUAGUACUACACUAGCAUAGAGGAUAGUGGCUCAACACCAGACCCCCAUUUUGUUAUUGUCUAAAUUGAUAUGAAAAAUAGCUAAAGUUUCAGGGCACCUUUUAUCAUGACAAGAUAUUAGCUAGCCUGACUAAGCCAAAACAAGAUUAAUGUGGCAAAAUCAAGUUUUGGAUCCUUUGCACAAAACGAAUCAUAAAUAUACUUCUACUUGAAGUGAUAGAUAAUGUAUUGAGCACAAAGUAUAGAAGCAUUUUUUCUUGACCAAGUAAACAUUGACGUUCCAUCGAUUGUCUGUGGAAGCCUCUCAAACUAAAGAUCCUUCUCACCAAUGGUAGACCAAAAAACCAUUGGUGACCCAGCAAUGCCCUAGAAAUGUCUAGUGCUGUAGUUGUGAAUUCUAUGAAAAUGCCUAUGUCACGAACACAACUCUUCCCAGUCUCUUCCCACUACAUCCAGGAAGGGGGAGGCCUGCCACCACUGAACAAGAAUCCCCUGAAGGAACAAAGCCCACCAGCGGCAUCCACUGCUUCUUCAGCUAAUUCUGCAGGUUUGCCCGAGUUAUCAGUUACUGUUGGGAGCUCCUGUGCAUUGCAAUGUAUCAGCAGAGGCUCCACCUUGACCCAAGUUAAGGCUUCCUCUGCAACUACCAUGGCCACAGAAUGCAAACCAAAAACUAUUGUAGCUACACCAGAACAGGUGAUGAAGCUUUAUAUGAACAAACUGACCCCAUACGAACACCACGAGAUAUUCAACUAUCCACAGAUAUAUUUCAUUGGUGCCAACGCCAAAAAAAGACCAGGAAUCAUAGGCAACGCUAAUAACUGUGAUUAUGACAAUGACCAGGGCUCUUACAUACACAUUAUGCAUGACCAUGUAGCAUACCGUUACGAAGUACUGAAGGUCAUAGGUAAAGGGUCUUUCGGGCAAGUUGUCAAGGCCUACGACCACAAAAACCACAUGCAUGUCGCACUGAAAAUGGUGCGGAACGAAAAACGAUUCCACAGACAAGCCCAAGAGGAAGUACGCAUUUUAGAGCAUUUACGAAAACAAGACAGGGACAACACGAUGAACAUAAUCCAUAUGUUGGAUUCCUUCACGUUCCGGAAUCAUAUGUGCAUUACUUUCGAGUUGUUGUCUAUAAAUUUAUACGAAUUGAUAAAGAAGAACAAGUUCCAAGGAUUUAGCUUGCAACUUGUGAGGAAGUUCAGUCAUUCUUUACUUCAGUGCUUAGAUGCCCUUAAUAAAAACAAAAUAAUUCAUUGUGAUAUGAAACCUGAAAACGUAUUACUUAAGCAGCAGGGAAGAAGGGGUUUAAAGGUUAUUGAUUUUGGUUCCUCAUGUUACGAGCAGAACCGUGUAUAUACUUACAUCCAAUCCAGAUUCUAUCGCGCGCCAGAGGUGAUAUUGGGUGCUCGAUAUGGCAUGCCAAUAGAUAUGUGGUCAUUAGGAUGCAUUUUAGCAGAGCUUCUGACAGGGUUUCCUCUGUUGCCUGGUGAGGACGAAGCUGAUCAAUUAGCUUGUAUCAUAGAACUAUUAGGAUUACCGCCGCAGAAGUUAUUGGACCAAUCAAAGCGAGCCAAAAAUUUCAUUAGCUCCAAAGGUAUUCCUCGGUACUGCACUUGCUCAACGUUAUCAGAUGGUACGAUGGUACUGAGCGGAGGCCUAAGCAGGCGUGGCAAGCCAAGAGGGCCUCCAGGCUCGAAAGAUUUGAAAACUGCACUGAAAGGAUGUGACGAUCCGUUGUUCCUAGAUUUUGUACAGCGAUGCUUGGAAUGGGAUCCUGACGUCAGGCUGCCUCCCAGUGCGGCCCUUAGACAUCCGUGGCUCAGGAGAAGGUUGCCGCGACCUCCAAACGAAAAAGAACAAACCAGUGCCAGCAUCCAAAGACCAAGCCCGACCGGACCUCGUACUCCGAAGUCCAGCGGCGCUACUAGCGGGGGUGCGGGUCCGGUCGCCCCAAUUUUCGCCAAUCGUGUUCUACUGACAGAUGACAGAUCCUCGACGCUGCACGGGAAAUUGCCGCCUGUCACGUAGCCAACAUCCUAUUCACUUCCUUAGAGUAUUGGCCAGAACAGGUUCAGACAUACCUAGCAUAUUCAUAUCCGGUAUAUGUGUUACGUGUAUAUAUAUACAUAUACGCACACGUCCCAGCCAGAUCCGAGGCUUUCGUAUGCGUUGAAGUAGAUUUGAUGUGAGAUGUCGGUAUGAAGGUACAAAUUUUUUAUACAUAGCGUUGAGGUGGACUUUUAUGAAAUUUUCUCGGUGGAAAUUAUGUGAAUUGCGAUGUUUCGGUAACUAUAGAAAAAUUGCUUAUUAGGGCUACUAUUUGAUUCGGUAAAGAUGUCGUUUGUAUGUUCGUAAUAUUGAUCUAGCUCCUCCUUUUCCUAUUUAGUAAUCAAGUGAAUGGUAUUUCAAUGUAGAAAGAAACAUUUCACAUGAGUUUCCUUAAGGAAUCUAUCCAAUUAUCUCAAGGAUAGAUGAGGGCAGAAACAGAAAAAUAAGAGAUUGCUUUUGAUAUAGUUUAGACAGGUUUUUUUUUCGUAUUCAAGACGUUAUCUUUUAUACGGAAUACUUUUCAUUUGAUUAUGAGAUACGUUAAGGUAGACCCAAAUAAAUAAGGCAUUUAAACUUGAUCCUAAAAUGUAGACCAAUUUUACGAUAGGAUCGAAUUUAGGGUUGGAAUGUGACAGUUGUAAUUGUUUUGCUGACCCUUGUUGAUUGCAUAAUCUAGAUAUUUUAAUCUAGUCCUAAAGACACAAAGCCACUGCCAAUUAUUUAUUUAGAUGCAUGUUUUUCUAGGUUUGAUCUCUUUUACUAGAAAAAUAACUGGACAUUUGGAAAUCAUUCCAUAGUUUGACGUUAGUUUGAAGUGUUGGCAUUAUUUAAAUAGGUACCAAACAGUGUUUAUAGGCAGGAAUAUUCGCAUUUACGGAACAUCACGUUUUAUUUUUUUGUCAUAAUUUAUAAUGGUCCAUAUAUCAACCUUUCUCGCAUUUUAUUCAUGUAUGCAAGCAACAUUCAAAUACGUACCACUUACUGUUUUGAUGGUAGUAAAAUUUGAAAUUUCAAAGAGUAUGUCUGUCUGUUCAUCAAUUGAAAUGCUGUGUGUUUCACUACGUGUAAUCACAAAAUGUGUAUGUCGUUUUGUAUCAAGAACCAGUCUUCUCAUUUGUUUUCUACAAUCACGUGUGUAGGAAAUGGUGAUAGUUCGUUAUUGUGAUGAUUUUCCUCUAUGCUUACUUAGUUAUCUCAAUCUCAUAUAGCGUAGACUGCUAAAAUAUUUUUUUCCUAACAUAGUUCUGUUAAAUUCGAAAUUGCGAGGCCUAUUUCAAAAAUCUUUGUGGAAAGAUUAUAUUUUUUAUGAAAGUACAAGGUUGAUAUUCAAUACAUUUUCCUCUUUGCCUCUGAUCUUAUUGAUACAUCAUCCACAAUUCUACUUCUGUUAGUGACAUCCUACCUACUUGUCUCCAUUUUUUGACCUAAGUACCUAUUUAGUAUGUAGAUUACGUUCUGUCAGCCUCAUACAGGCUGGAUAUGGCAAAUAAUCUCGAACACUUUGAGUCUAAAAGAAAUUCCACCCAGGCACAGGCGGUGACCUUGAAUGUGAACCUGACAUUCAAGGUCAAGUCUAUUUUUUAAAUCGACCCUUAUAUUUUUGGCAUCGGACAUAUAUAGAGCGGACAGUUUUUCGUUUAGCUUGAAAAAUUGACCGUCGGAGGUCAUGGGCAAGGUCACAUAUAAGCCUCUAAAGCUAUCUAAAAGAAAUUCUGUCACUACUGGAUCUUGAAAGUCACUGUCAAAUCCAAUGCUACCAUCAGAUAACGAGGGAAAAAAUCCUAAGCGUUUACUUGGGUAGAAUUUCUUUGUGAUCCAUUUAUAUUAGACCUUGACUAUGACCUUCAAGGUUUAAAAGAUGUGCUUGACUCUACAAUGACUGAAGGUCAAAGUCAAGGUUAAAUUCAAGGACACCAUUAGAUAGUCUAUGCUUGGGCCAAUUUUCUUUUGGAGAGAUUAUCUUACGAAAAUUAUUUAUCGAUUAGAUGUUGGACCUUGACUAUGACCUUCAAGGUUCAAUUCUUUCAGAGGACAAGGACAGAUUCAAUCGUGAAAUUUUCCGUUCUAUCCAUUCCCGGUUUCUGAAAUGUAGGAUCCCAUUUAAAAAGAUGUACUUGACUCAAAAAUGACUGAAGGUCAAAGUCGAGGUUAAAUUCAAGGACACCAUCAUCUUGAACCCAAGGUUAAAUUUUUUUAGAUGGCAAGGACACGUCCAAUCGUGAAAUUUUUCGUUCUAUCCAUUCCCGGUUUCUGAAAUGUAGGAUCCCAUUUAAAAAGAUAUACUUGACUCAAAAAUGACUGAAGGUCAAAGUCGAGGGUAAAUUCAAGAACACCAUCAUACUAUUUCUUUUGGAGAGGUUAUCUUACGAUUAUUAUUUAUCGAUUAGAUGUUAGACCUUGACUGUGGCCUCCAAAGGACAAAUUUUUGGAGGUCAAGGACCACCUAAUGAUGAGUAUAAGAGGCAUGAAUGCCUUUGAGUCUGUAUUAUCAAAUCAUUUUUUUUUUAUAAAUGAAGUGACAAAAACGAAAUCCACAUUAUCUUCAAUAUAACAAAAUAGUGGCAAUACAAAAUAUAAGCGUACGGUCGGAUUUUAAACAUUUGUAUGCCACAAAUUCACUUUUAUAAUUAUCCAGUUUGGUAUGUGAAAAUUGAAAUUUAAUCUUUCCACUGUUAAAAUGAAUUCAAACUAAUGCCUCAUAUACUUCAUUAUGUGAUCUCUUCUUUAUCAAAUCAUUAUUAAAAUUAACUAAACCUUUGGCUGCUGAUGAGUUAAUUUUUCAAAGUAUAAUACUUCUAUGUACAUAGUACAUAGAUUUGCGUAUAUAUUUCUGCACUAGACAAGUUAGGACUGUUCAGAAGUUUAUAAUCGUAUAUGAUCAAUAAUGCUGAUUAAUGUUGGAAUAUAUAUAUGUAUAUAUAUACAAUUGUCCGCAUGUUGAGUGUACUAUUUUUUGGGUUGCAUUUGUACCCUGCACAGGCUGUCCUUUUUAUUUUUUUAUCGUAUUUCAUCAUAUUUAUUAAUCAUGAAUUAUUUUUUAAAGACGUGCAAUAGCAAAUAUAAUGGGUGAAUAUUCUUGGGACUGUAGUUUCGGUAUCAGAUAAACUUCUAGAUACUCCUGCAACUGACUUGAGUCGAUUUCAUAAUUAUUGUGAGCUCGACAGCAUUUUUAACAAGUCAUGAAUUAUCGGGAUAUCCAUAAUAUCAGAUACUUGACAUCCACAGACAGUUCAUUCUCCGAUAUACUUCAAUGUCCAAAGAUGUUCAUUCUGCGAUUAUUUCCCUCAACAUCGGGAUAAUAUAUUAUGUAUUGCAGUAAUUUUUGGAAUCUGGAUAAUGUUCACACCAACGUCACACUUCAAAUGUCUAGCCAAGCUCUUCAGCCUAUAUACAGGGUGUCCUCAAAGUUGGCGUAGCGUCUACGUCGUCUACGAGAUUCAGUACUUCUUCCUCAGUUCGCAGUGUCUAGGUCUCCCACUGUGUCCACCUCGAUAUUGCUCUAAAUGACCCGUAUCCUUGAGUCUCUGCACAAGGUAAACAAAAUCUACCUCUGGGAAAACGAUCUGCAUCCGCUCGCGAAGCCUCGGUCGCAUUUUGAAGGCACUCACCGUAAAUUAACAGCAUGUCGACUAGUUCGCUAUUGGUGUAUGAGGGUGCCAUUUUUUUUUUAUUUUUUGAACAAUGCAGUGGUUUGUUGACCUACACUACCGGCGUCUAGGUUAGGUUGCAUACUAGCGUAGUUACGUCGUAGUCGUACAUCGUAUAACUGUAUGGGGAGUUGUCUCCAGUUGUCAACCACGAGUACUUUACGUGUAUCCUUUGGACAAAUGAGUAAUCAUCGUUCAAUCGUCGACACGGGUUACAUUGACCAUGAAAUUAUUCGCAGGUAUUUUCUCUUGGUUCGGAUGGAAAGAAGGACAUGUUUUUCGUAUUAGACAUUAAAGUAUACAUUUUUCGACCUUAUGUUUGAAGAAGUAAUUCCAAUUCGUUGGAAUAAUAUCACUUUGGUUUUUCAUAAAAUAAUUUGAAUGAUUAAUUCUGUUUUUGAAUUAUCAUAUCAGAUAAAGAUAUUUUCAGUAACGUUUAGUGAACAUUCUACCACUUUCUAGAUAUUACACAAAACGAUCUAACUGAAUCAUCUUUUGUGAUUUUCAUUUAAACGUUAGUAUUUUUACACAUCUUUUUAUGUUUUGUAGUUAUGUGUUGUAGUUUUUAUAAUUUUUAAUGUUAUUUGCUCAAUAUUUUUGCACUCAAUUUAAAAUUUUAUUUUUGCAUUGUAUUUCCAUCCUGCACUAGUUCACACCAUGAUGGCAUUUUAUAUUCCAUGGAAUUUAUGAGCACAUGUUUUACUGAUGAAAUAAAACAUGGUUUGGAAGACUGUUAUUUUUUAUUGUGAUGCACAACUCUGCUUUGACACACGUGUAGAAUCAGAAGGUUGAUUCACUUCUGAACUGUAAAAUAAAACAGUAGAAAUCAAGUUUUCUGAGUAAUGUUGCAACGUAACAUUGUUUCAUUCAGGUGUUCCAGAAUAUCUGAUCCAUCUUCCGAUUCAUAUACAGGGUGUUUUUUUUUAAAGGUAAAAUAUUCGAGUGGACGAUCUUUGGUCCGUUUUCAGAUCAGGUUGAUCACAUCUAUGAAUUUUUUUUUAAAAGUCGUCGCUUUUCUUUUACAAUAAAUUUUAUCCGGUGCUCUGGUGGUAUCUUGAUUUCCCCUGUCGGCGAUUUCAUUAUGAGCGAAAAUUUGAGGACAGACCGAACAUUUUGCGUGAAACUUACAGAAACAGUAAAUAUGGGACAGUAGGGAAGAAAGUCCGAACUUUUCGUUCAUGAUGAAAUCGCCGACGGGGAGAAUCAAGCUGGUACAAAAACACUGUAUAAAAUUCUUGUCAAACAAAACCCACGGGAAACUUUGAACACUGUUUUGUGAGGUUAUUUUCAUAGCCGAAAAAUUUUUUAUACGUGAAAUACCACGAAGAUCCAAGACCUAAAUACCAGUGGCAACAGGUAUGCAUAUGACAUGCACACAUUCUGAUCCUCCUAGGAGAUUUACGGUUAAGGUUGGAUUUGACAUUUAGGACGUUUUUUCGUGAAGUGAAUCCAAGCCUCGUCCUCUUACGUACCUUACUUUCUAACAGUCUGUAGAACAUACAGACUUUGUUUCAUGCUUCUACCUAUCAUGCGAUAUAUUGAAAUAUGGAGUGGACUGUGACAGGUAUGUGGAAUUCUGAGGCAGUAAACACAACGAGCAUUGAGAGAGUAUUCUUGUAAAGAUGGCCUGCUUAACACUGUGUGACUCAGUUGACAAAAACCUAAUUUGGAUUUGAAGGUAGAUACCCAACAAUUCGUAUAUUAUAUUAAUUUGAUGAUUUUAUUUGCCUUUUGUCUACCUUCAAACCUGUUGUGUGAUCGACCAUUUAGAAGCAAAAUCUACCUCUGUUUUGUCCAAAAUUAGGUUUAGAUACGUGGGUAAUUGAGAAAGCAUUGAAUCCCAUGUUUUUUGUGGAAUGUUCUUUCACUUUUUUACUGUAGGGUGUAAGUUUUUAAACCCGUAUUUUGGACAAAACUAGCCGAUUUCAUACAUCAAGGUAGAUGUUAGGGUCAAUUUUUCUUGAUGUACAAAUCUCGAUGUAAAUUAUGUGUAAUUCAACUGAUGCAUACUGUGUCGCAAAAUUACGUAAAUCAAUUUCAAAAGCUUUAAUAUUCCUUUCUCUCUAUUUCAUUUAGUUAAUGUUAAAGUGAUAAAUAGAUUUUACAUUUUUGUACUUCGAAUAACGAAUUUAGUUUGAGACUCUGAAUAAGCGCUUUCAAAAUAAAUUAUUCAGAUUAUCAAGAUUAAAUUUGAAAUGUAUUUCUUGCGAGAUUAGUCUUGUUUAUAGGAGACAUAGCUUAUGCCUAUAUCCUUAGAUUUUCAGAUUUGUUGGCUUUCUAAAGUUCCGUGUGUAAUGUUCAGAUCUUGCAAGAAAUACACUUUUAUAUAUAUGCUUGCCGAUUUACUGUUAUAAAUAAUUUCCUCGAAUGGAAUAGAGGAAUUGUAGUUUAGGGAUAUGACUAAGUCAGGGAAACAUUAUGAACUCCGGAACGUAUAAGCAAGUACUAAAAUUAAAAAAUAAUCAACUUGAAAUUGUCAGAGCUAAAAAAAUCUCCUUGUGGGCCCUGAUCCAUUUGGAAAGUAGUCCAAUUUUACCUUUAUAGAUAUACGUGUAUUUUAGCGAGCAAUAUGUGAAAAAAUGAUUCAUAGGUUUCAAGAAUUUCAGUUUCCUUUCUAAUUCACUGUCUUCGGAUUCAUAAUUUUUCUACUGACUGUGUACAGAUAGUGCCUCUAGCAAUCAAAUGUUUACUUAUAAGUUGCACUUGUUAAGUAGAUUUAAUCAUAUGUAUGUAUACAUGUUUAAGAACUCGCCUAUUUUUUGGCGGCGACUGGCACUGGUUCGUGGUUUUUGCCGUAAAAUCACAUCACUUUGAUGUUGUAAUUAAAUAAAAUACUUAGCUGAUCACAGAUUUUCCUUUGCUACUUAAGACAUUGUGUGGAAAUACAAACAAUGAGCUAGACUGCCGUAUGAAAGCCCUUCAGAGUAGUGGUAAUCGAAUAACGUAGGUUUCCCUCAAUCACGUUUAUUGGAUACCCCUCAACAUGAAUCAUGAAGUUACCCGAAGAUAACGAGCCACAAAUUUGCGUAAACAACUGUUUAUGCCACAGCGUGUCAUUGAAAAUAACAAUGCUUUAAAAUAAACUAAGCCCAAAAUACUUGCCGGAAUCUUGCAGUGAAAGCUUUAAACUUUAUUUUGGACACUUGGCAACCUCAAAGAUAAUACAGGGUGCGGCAGAGGAUGGACGGUUUUAAAAAAAUCAUAAAGUAGUUCAUUUUUACUAAAAAACAAAUUUAUUGAUAGAAUCAGGUUCACAAGGAAAUAGCAUGUGAGACAGUUAAGUGUGGAAAAUCACUUCAGGCAGGUGGUGGCCGAAAUCGUUGAUGCAGUGCUGGAGGCGUUCUUGGAAGUUCGCUUUCGUAACUGUUGCCAAUUUGUAGGGGUGAAAGCGGAGAUCCAUAUGCAAAAUUCGCCUUAGUGAUCGUUCGGUAAGUGCAGCAGCAUGUUUCCGUGCAGAUCGAGUCGGACUGCGAAGAAAGUACCUGUCGAACGCGCUCAACAUUUUCAGGAGUUCCAACUGUUCGCGGCGCUCCUGUUGGUCAGUGCAACACGCCUGCGAAGUGAUUCAACCCAACGAAGAGAUUGUGUUUCGAGAGGGAACAGCUCUAUUUCGAUGCAUGUUGAAGUGGCGACGAAACUCACGCUGUACGACGAUGACUGACUCAUUAUUUCGGACGAAACAAUCAUAGGCGAAAACGCGGUACUACCCAUCCCAAAAACGUCCGUCCGCUCUGCCGCACCCUGUAUAUUUUUAAAUCAUUGAAAAUGGCAAUUUUUGGGGAUUUUCAGACGCUAAAUCGACUUUUGUUCAAAAACAGUGUUUUGUAAUUGACUACAUAAAUUAUUCCAACAAACGCGCGGCAGCCUCUUGAUUCCUGAUAAGGGCCGUUCAACAAAUUUGAUUAUAAAAAAAAAAAUUGAGUCGUAAAUUUUCUCCAACGAAAGCGAGUUUUUAUCUCGUCUAUAGUGAGAGGGAUUAUAGGUAUCAUGUACAUGCAGAAUGUGUCUAAUUGAAGUCAAAAACACUGGCGUGACACUUUUUUACAAGUUUCAUACGACAGUCAAAAUGUAUCCGUGUGUUUAUAACUUAGGCAAGUUUUGACUGAGACCCCUAGGUGUAUCCUACAAUAUUGCUGUUGUACUUUCUCACUUGUUGCAGAUGUUCGUAACAUUUUGUCUAAAUUCAGUCCGACGAUUUGGUUAGUUCGGAAACCAAUAAAUCUCGGACUUUCAUUUGGAUAACUGAUUUUUCUGGAAAUACGGAUCUUUCUCGGAAAGUACAAAGUUGAGAUGUACACAUUCUUAUAUAAAACUACCCUUAUUUCAUACGAUAAAAUCAUGAUUUCCAUUUGCAAACAUCGAGUUUUGGGUUUUUAGAACUUAAUUUUCAUUCUCAUUUUUAUCCGUUUGUAUUAUUUAUCUAAACUCUACUCCCCUUCUAUAAGAAACCUGUCAUUUGCAUUGCACAAACUCGCUUUUAUUAAUAUGCAGUUUCGCCUACUUUUCGAGUAACCAUCGCUGCAGUUCCUGUAUGUCAUAAAUCUGCAAUAAGUGAGAUUUCGUUGGCAUAUUUUCAAUCACCUCAUAUGUAUGAGGCAUCUUAAAAUUAUUUUUAUUUGCUCAAAUUAUUGUCUCUCUGUUGUGGAAUAUAUGUGCCUAAACAUAAAUAUGGAUUCAAGUAAUCACUUAGAAUUAUCCCGAAAUGGAUGUUCCCGAUUCUUCAAUGGAGCUAAGACCGAAUUUUCCGACGAGGAAGAAAUCAAUCAUUCCAAAGACUCCGGUAAUGCUUCGGCCUUAAAAUUAUCAGUUUUGGAAUGUACAGGGUGUCUCAAAAUAACGUUAAUAUCUCUUAUGCAUCUGGAACGGUAUUUCUCAAAGUAGCCGAUAAUUCAUCCCUGUGGUGCUUACUUACGUACCUAUAAUAAUACAACAAUAUAUACAUCCAGCAGCGCUCCCUAAUGGUCGAUUCAAGGGCAGGGAAGAUACUAGCGUCAGCAGAGGUUUAUUUUCGGUACACGUAAGAUGGGUUACGUAGACGUGCAGAGUGAACCUACUUGACGGAAUUUUUUAUAGCAAUUUGUGCUCUCUUUCAGCUGGAGACUCGUGACGCCACUGCUUGUGGCGUUAUUUUUGUGCUCAUGCACCUGAGAUAUUGACAUUUUAUUCUGGUACACCCUGUAGAAUAUCCAAGUUCAACAAUGCAGUAUCUUUUCACGGCACAUGUUAGUAUUGUAUCUCUUUUUACUUUUACUUAAUUGAUAGUACGUAUAUAAUUGUUUGUGGGCUCAUUUUUGUUUGUAAAUAUGCUAUGAACUGCCCCAAACCAAAAUGACUGCUGCAAAGGGCUUGAUCUCCUUUAUUAUGUACACGUAAACCUCUGUUAAUCGAACUUUCAUUGAUGAAAACUAAUGGCAGUUUUCGAAAAACUUAACUGCUAAGAUUAAUUGAAUAAUUUUAGAAAUGAUGUGAUUGUAUGUA